CCCCAGAGGACGGUCCCUGUCGAGUUAUAGUAGUCUCACUCGACAAAUCGGGAUUACGAGUUGGAAGCAAUGGCUCGUGGUGGACCUCGAACAAGGUCGAUGACCGAGGAGCCGAAUGCGGCGCCCGAGUAAUUCGGAGCAACUGGCGACGGUGAGCUUCGGGAGCAAAUGGCCGUCCUUAUUGGCGUAGUGCGGCAACAAGCGGAGUCUGUUCAACGCCAAGGGGAGCAGAUUCAAUGGCUCCAGGAGGCUUUGGAGCGUCAACAAGCGGCGGCGGUCCAGGUGGGUGCCGAGCAUAUCGCGCCCCCUGUGGUGGUGCCGAGUGUAGUCGAGGGAGCGGCGGCAGCGGCAGCUGUGCCCGUCAUGAUGGUGCCGGCCGGAUCGGGAACCUCAAAUCCCGAUAGUGCGGCGGUAGAGGCGGAGCGGGAGUGCGCUUUGGCGGCUCUCAUUCAGUUUAAGAAGUUUGAUCCACCUGCCUUUGAAGGUGGCAUGGUGGAGCCAGCAGUAGUGGAGUCGUGGAUCGACUCGAUGGAAACGCUCUUCGAGGACUUGAAUACCUCGGAGAAGGACAAGGUGUAUCUCGCCACCCAUUGCUUUGAGAAGGCGACGAAGGUGUGGUGAAAGUGAGUCAAGCGGGAUCGACCAUCCGAUCUUCCGCCUAUGCUUUGGGAGGAGUUCAAGAGAGCGGUGUUCGCGAACUACUUCCCCGACAUGAGAAAGCGGAAGCUACAAGAAAAAUUCCGCAAACUAAGACAAGGAGAUCGCUCGGUAGCAGACUACGAGCAGGAGUUCUCCCACAUUAUCGAUUGUGUCCCGGAUAUUGUUCGAUAUGACCGGGACCGGGCUGAUUGGUUCUUGCGAGGACUCCAGCCGAGAAUCUACGAGAAGGUGCAAAUUCUCAAGCU